GUUAUCCUUCGUAUAGAAAGGCUAGGAAUCAUAUGAAACUUCAAAAAACGUGAUCGUUCGUAAAUUAAAAUGUUGAGAGUUAGUUUAUUGUUAAUUUCUUUGAUUGGAGUUAUCACGAUCUUCUCUCAAUCCAGUUGCUUUUUGAUGGGUCGUUCAGGUAUUCCAUCCUUGUUGACAAUACCAGAAUCGUUAAAUUCCAUUCAAAAUGUUUCUUAUGAAAGGAUAUUGAACGAUAGAACGCAUGUAGCUAAACUGGAGACAAAGUCUGACGAAAAAAUGACUAUGAAACACGCAAAGGAAAUUCCACGUAAAAAGAGAUUCGAGACAACUUUAAAGAACUCAGAAGGAUUCUUGACGACUAAACACAACGCUAGUUUUAUGAAACAUAACUCAAACAUUGCUUCUUCUCAUCUAAGAAACGUUGUCUUGAUUCUCGUUGACACGACUAAGCAAAGAAGAGAAGAGUUUUGGAAUAAUUUUGAGAGAACUUACUCGUUUCCAGUUCAUGGAUACUUUCAAGUCGACGAUCAAGAAGAUAACGGACCAAUGAAAAUAGAAUUGAAUGAAUUUCUUUUCCCUGGCAAAAAGGAGGACGAGUGCGAAUGUAAGCAAACACUACGUUCACGAAUAUCUGAAUUAUUGACUUGGGCUCAUGGAGUUAAGGAAAUGACAACAAGUGUUCUGUCAGCUAUAAAUUUCUCUAUUCCCUCCCUAUCCGACGUCGAAGGAAACGUUGACAUUGUAAAAGAAAGUGAAUCGAAUAAAAACAGCACGAAAGAAAGAAUUCGUAAACGUGAUUUGCAGCAGAAUGACUCGUUACAUUCUAUGGAUUCACACGAUAAAGGAAAUAGUUCGGAUUUACAAAGAAAUUAUCAGAAAGAAGAUAUUUCGAGUUAUGGUGAUAUUUGGGACGUAUUCGACUUGUUUACCAAGAUUAGAAUUGCCUUUUUUCGAGCGAUGAUUGAUUGCCUGAACGGACCACCGACCAAUGGAACGGAUGACGAGCUUUCUUUUCAAGAAUCUUCACAUUUACGAACGAGCUAUGUUGACUUGGUCGAUGGCACAAUAAAAAAUCUAAAAAUAAUUUCAGGUGACAAAGGUUACAUGCUGGUACUCGUAAUUCCGGAAAACGAGCUUAUCUCCUUAAUAGAUCUCUUACAUCACGAGAUUUCUCCAUCCGACACGCUCGUAAUUGUGACAGAAUUAUGCUCGAAGGAUAUCAAACGUGUGUCCUUCUUUGCUGAUGGUCCAAAAGCUUCGACUCUUUACCGUAUACGUAUGAUCGAAGAAUUACCAAAUAUCAUUAAAAGUCUUGUAAGCCAUUCCUGUCAGGAUCAAGAUUGUAGUAAUCCAGACAAACAUUUUUAUGAUAUUCCAAUUAGAAAUGUUCGAGACACGAAUGGUUCUCAAAUCUCAGAAAAUGUCAACAAUAGCUUUGAAACAAAAUUGGAAAAUAUAUCGAACAGAUUUUUAAACGACACUUUGGCAGGAAGGAUCGACGUGUCAAGUGCAUCGAAUACGAUAUUGAACGAAGCUAACAUGUUUCUUGGCACAUUGACAUCCUUAAUCGCUUUGAUAACUCUCGAUUCAUCAUAGAAGAAUAAUCCUAGGCUUAUUUUUGAAGUUCUCAACCUUGCCGAUAGAUCUUGACAUUUUGUUUCUUUUUUCGAUCGAAAAGAAAAAAGAAAAAGUCUGAAAGAAAAUUAAAUUCUAAUCAAUCUGUAGAAACUAUAAGUGAUAUUUGAACGAUCAUGUAU